CAACACAUUCCUGUUGUCUCUCGACAACGCUCUCUCACCACGCACAGAAGGCAGCGCAAUACUGCUUAUCUGCGCCCUUUUCUCUCAUCCUCACACUCACCUCUCACUCUUUCAAUGGGUCUAUGGAAUUGUCAAUCAGCAGUCAAUAAAGCUGACUUCAUUCCAGCCUUUGCAUCUCAUUCUACUCUUAAUAUCUUGGGCUUGACUGAGACCUGGAUCCGUCCAGAAGACUCAGCAACCCCUGCUGCUCUCUCUAACAACUUCUCUUUCUCCCACACCCCUCGACAGUCUGGGAGGGGUGGGGGCACUGGUCUUCUCAUUUCUAACAAUUGGAAAUAUUCAACUCUCUCUUCUCUAUGCAAUAACAACUCAUUUGAAUAUCAUGCUAUUACACUUACAACUCCCAUGAAGAUCCAUAUUGUAGUUAUUUAUCGCCCCCCAGGUCAACUGGGAAGCUUUGUAGAAGAGCUGGAUGUGUUGCUGUCCUCUUUCCCUCAGGAUGGCACCCCACUUGUAGUCUUUGGCGAUUUCAACAUUCACCUAGCGAAGCCGUAUGCAACAGACUUCAUCUCUCUCCUAGCCUCUUUCGAUCUCAAACGGCUCAUCACCACCGGUACUCACAAGUCAGGCAACCAACUGGACCUGGUUUACACACGCAACUGUAUCACUGACAACAUUUUGGUGAAACCUCUCCAAGUUUCAGAUCAUUUCCUCAUUACUUUCAAUCUACAACUCACUACCCAUGCUCCACCAACCUCCCCACCAUUUACUUUCAGACGAAACCUGCGCUCACUUUCUCCAUCCCAUCUUUCCUCUGCUGUGUCAUCUUCUCUUCCCUCACCCUCACAUUUCUCAUCUCUGGAUGUGAAUACUGCAACGGAUACUUUAUGCUCCAUCCUAACCUCUUCUUUAGACAAUAUCUGCCCUCUCUCCUCUAGGCCAGCACGCACUGCCCCCUCCAACCCCUGGUUAUCUGAGGUUCUUCGUGAACACCGGACCAAGCUCAGGGCAGCGGAGAGGAAAUGGCGCAAAUCAAAAGACACAUCUGACCUCACUGGAUGUCAACCAAUCUGGCUUCAAGAAAGGACAUUCAACUGAGACUGCAUUGCUGUCAGUCACGGAAGCCCUGCGGAUCGCAAAAGCUGCUUCCAAAUCAUCAGUUCUCAUUCUACUGGACCUGUCUGCUGCCUUCGACACUGUGAAUCAUCAGAUCCUCUUGUCCGCCCUCUCAUCACUGGGCAUCACUGGAACCUCCCUCAACUGGUUUGAGUCCUAUCUCACAGGUAGGUCCUUCAAGGUCACAUGGAGAGGUGAGGUAUC